AUGCUAUUCUUUUCUUUGUGAUGUGGUCACGAAAGGUUCCGUGUGUGUGACUUUCACAAAGGAAACAUGUCGGAAAAUGAAUUUGUUGAGCCCUGUGUGGAGAGUUACAGACCUGCGGCAGGAACAUCACAAGACAUUUCUCAUGUAUUAGCAAGCGUUUUCAAGGAAGUUUACAGUAAGGACAUGGGGAAGACGCUGCCCUUCAACCGCAUCCAAACAAACGCAGACAGAAGCAGUUAUCAUGAUACAUAUGUUAAAAGGCUCUGGGAGACUCGUUGUGAAUAUGAGGAGCGUCUAAAAGAGGCUGAGCUGGUGAAGACUCACAUGGCUCAGGCCAGAGCCCGAGCUGCAGCCAAAGAAAGCCUGGAAUGUGAGAGGUUGAAGGCAGACUUUAAAGAUGCUUGUGAUCAUCAACCUAUAGCUAAAUCCACCUACUGCUGGUGUGUUGAUGAUGAUCUUUUCAAAAGAAACAACCUGAUCUCGCCUGGAGACUACUUAGAUACCCAGAAACCACAAGCUAGAGAACCAGCUGCAGGGAUGCACUUAUACCGGGAGUCUCAGCAUGAUAGAAAUACACUAAAGAAUUCUCCAAAGAAAAUUGUGGAAAUAGAUGAGUUGGAUGAAAGGCUUGCAUUUGAAUCAAGUUCAGAUGCACAACAAAUAAAGAGAACCAAUAAAGAGACCAAACCCAGGCCAAAGUGGAUGGGACAGUCUAGUGCCAAGGACCAGGCAGAGGACUGGGAGAAACUUCAGAGUUUUAAACAAAAAAGUUUUUUGAGAAAUCCCUCCAAUGCACAGCAGAGAGGAACAUUGCAUAUCUCACCCAAAGCCAAAGCAAAGAAGGAACAUGAUGGGAGAAGCUCAGAGAUUCAAAGCUCCGGCGAUGCGCCUGCCCCAGUUUUCCAGGCAAAGCCAUCAGUGAUUUCUUUUACUGAAUACAGCCUUGGACAGGUCUAUGAGUCUACUCUGAAGCUGCAAAACGUGACUUCCACAAGCCGCCAUGUCAGAGUCAUCCCUCCUACCACUUCAUACUUCUCUAUCAACGGGGGAAGAUUCCCCAGUGAUGGAGGCAUCAUUGCUCCAGGGUUGAGCUGUAAAUAUACACUGCGCUUUACUCCAGACUCCUUGGGGGACUAUGAGGAUUUUAUAAUGGUGGAAACUGAUUCUGAGCAGCCUUUAAAAGUGCCAAUCAAGGCACAUAGGCCUCCUCCUGUACUCACCUUGCCCAGAGUUGUGGACUGCGGACACUGUCUGGUUGGAGGGGUAAAAAUUGUUGAGCUCCGCUGCCAAAAUGUUGGACUCAGUCCUGGGGAUUUUUGCAUCAUUGCCAAGGACCAAUGGCCAGCCUCAAACCUCAGGUCCCUGGCAACAACAUAUUAUUCUGAGCAGCCCCCCUUUGCAGUGGGCCCCUCUUUGUUUACCCUGCAGCCGGGAGAAACCACACGGUUGGAGGUUGUUUUCUUUCCAACCACUCAGGGGAGGUGUGGUCAGCUGUUCACCAUGGUCUGUAACAACUGCCAGGUGAAAAACAUAUCUGUUGAGGGUGAGGGCCAAAUGCUUGGAAAAGAACUUGUGUCUGUAUUUGAAGAAAACAAGCCCUUCAAGGAUGGAGAGGCGCACAACAUCACUGGAGAGAACUCUGUUCAUUUCCCCACAUGCAACCCUCACUCUGUCCAACAGAAGAGACUUGUCCUCAGGAACAAUGCUCACUUGGAGCUGUCUUUCCACUGGCAAAUCUUGAAACAUAACCUACAUCCUGUUCUUCCUGGGGAAAUUCUUGAGCCAUCCCGUGUCCACCUCCCUCCUGACAAGGAUGACGUUUUCCACAUGAGCCCUGCAACAGGCCUCCUAAGUCCCUGUCAAGUCCAAGAGUUUCUCCUAACCUUCAGUCCAAAAGAGUUGAAGGAUUAUCACAGUGUCUUUCACUUGGUCCUGGGGGAUGUACCGGUACCCUUGUUUCAACAAGAGUCAAACAGUGUCCUUCCUGUGCAGACUGGCUCCAAGAUGAGCAAUGUGACCAUUAUGGAGAUAGAGGUCAAAGGGUCAACAGAGCCAUACUGCAUCCUUCUGGAGCCCAGUGCCAUCUUAGUCCCUGGAGAAAAUUUUAUUUACACCACCAUUCGCAAGCAGUUUAAGAUUUGGAAUCACAGCAAAACUUUCAUAGUGUUUCAAUGGCAGACGUUUAACAGCGGUGGCCAUGUUGUUAAAGUAGAGCCAUCUGCUGGGAGAAUAGAAGAGAAUGAGUGUUUUGAUUUCGCUCUGGUCAUUACUGGAGGGAAACCAGGCAAGGUUGAAACCAGCUUGGUUUGCAACAUACCGCAUCAACCUGAACCUCUCAAGUUACCUGUAGAGGUUUCAUUUAAGGGUCCUGCAGUGACGACCAAUGUUCCCUGGGUGGACUUUGGUCUUGUGAGGCUCGGGGAGUCAGCUCAGACCACACUCAUACUCACCAAUACUACCCCUGUAGAGGCCAGCUGGACGCUUAGGGAAAAGGUUACCGAUGAGUCGACGCACAGAGGGACUCAGGUCUUGAUGGAGCCGUGUUGUGGGGUGCUGCCUCCUUUUGCUUCUUGUAGUGUGGAGCUGUCCUUCAGCUCAGGUAUCUGCCAAAUGUUUGAUUCAGAGGUGGAGCUGACGGUGGAAGCUGGAACUGGGUUUCACUUGUGCAUCAGAGCAGAUGUGCAGUCCCCUCAGGUGUGCCUUUUAAACCACAAGCUGCUCUUUUCUGAUCUUUACAUUGGAGUUCCCACAAAUGGUAACAUAACACUUUUCAACCAGACUCUGCUGCCAUCACAGUUUAACUGGAAGCCACAGCUUCAGGGUAAACAGGCUGCGCUUUGUACAGCCAGCUUUGAGCCCUCCUCUGGUACUUUGGGACCCAGUGCCACCAUGGAGAUCACUGUCAGUUUCACAUCUCACACCAAUUUGGAGCUGGCUGACGUGGCUGCUCUCUGUGAGGUUCAAGGGAUGAACUUUCCACUUGUUCUUGGAAUUAUGACAUCCCAACCCAGGAAACUUUCUGUUUCCUACUCACUGCCUGGCAUCAGUCACAGAGGAAAUGAUGAAAGUCAUUCUGUGCUUAUGCUUGACUUUGGAGAAGACGUCCAUUUGAGGAAAGCAGUGACUAAACAACUCCUGAUAAAGAAUGAAAGCAUCAUCCCUGCAGAUUUCACCAUAAAGCCAGAGUUCUUCAACUGCAAUAUCUCAGCGGCAAACAGCUCGUUAGAGAAAAGACCCACACAUGCAAAGACUCCCCUUCACUUUGCUAAACUGAAAAAAGUAGAAGCGAAAGCAAAUGAAGAGUUUGUGAGCGGCCUUCUGGCUCAUGGAAAAGGGGCAGCCUUCCUGGUGUCACCAGAUUCAGGGCAGCUGGGACCGUUUGAAACCAAGACAGUGGAUGUGACAGCCUACAGCGACAUGUGGGGGGAAUACAGAGAUCAGCUCAUAUGCAAGGUCGGAGACCUUGAGCCAAUGCCUAUUUCCAUUAAGAUGACUGUGAAGGGCUGCCCACUCUACUUCCAAAUGACUGGUCCCCGACCAGAUGACCAGCAUCAGGGACCAAUCAUAUACUUUGGCACCCACCAGUCAGGAGGAGACAAGGUUUCUAAACUUCUCCGCAUCAAUAAUCCGUCCAUGUUUGAUAUUCUCAUGAACUGGGAGACUUAUAAUAUCGAGGAGAACAACCAUAAACCAGUAGAUGUUGUGGUGACUCAUCAAGACUGCAUCCCUCUAAAGGACGCCGACGGUAAUGAGCUGGAUGGAGCAUUUGGGGAAUUCAACGAAAAUGUUCCCACAGACUCUAAGAAGAAUCAUAACCCUGCAUAUGAGGGAACACGCUUGUCUCUUCAAAGUGUUACUGGUGAGAAAGAGAGGGAGUUUGCAACUGAAGAAGAGGAAGGACACUGUCUCCAUCCUGCAGAUUCCCCAUACUGCAUUACACCAAAACAAACUGUGAUUCCAGCGAAGGGAAGGGAAAGCAUCCAUGUGUCUUUCACUCCUUUGAAUCUCUCAGAGUCUGCAUUUGAGUCCAGAUGUGUUGGGGUGGCGUUCGGUUUCAUGAGCCUAAACUCUGAGAAGGCAGUUUGCAUCCCAGGUAAAGUCAGAAGGAAGCAGGGUUUGGAUUUACAGCCUUUCAGAUUGGAUCUACAAGCAACCAUUCGGCCGAUGCUGAUGGUGCAGAUGAAGGAGGACGGCGGGGUGCUGCACUUUAAUGCCUCUGCCGGUGAUUUACUGAUGACUGAAUCAGAUAAGGAGGUUGUGGUCGGUGAAUUUAGUGUUACGAAGAGCUUUCAGCUGAGAAACACCACAGAGAUGCCUUUAUGUUUCCAACUGGAGACACGGCCUCCAUUUUCAGUUCUGACACCUUCCGAAGUUCUCACUCCUCCUGCUCUUCACAUUCAGCAGUCGGUGCUUCAUCCUCAACUGAGCAUGAAGGUGAAGGUGGCCUUUCAUUGUUCUCUGCCACUGCUGGACCUUUCAAAGCAGACAGAUGAAGACCCUUCUCUUGGAGUGAAGCUGAUUCACAAUGAAAGUGGUCAGAAGCUGAGAUUCCUGGAAAACCUCCUUAUCCAACAUAGUAACAACACUCUGCAGAAGGUCCCUCUGUGUGCCCACCUGGAUCUACCUACUCUUAGUGUCUCCACUGACCUCCUAAACUUCGGGAUUUGUUGUGUUGGACAAAUACAGACCAAAAUGAUAAACCUCUACUGCCAUGGAGCAAACACCUCCUGGAAAUCCAUUAUAAAGUCAGAUGACCCUCAUGUGUUUGAGUUGACACCGAACUCUGGGUUUCUUCAAUCCAAAAACGACGUGAGAAGCUCCUGGAGCCAGUGUCUGGAGAUUAGCUUCACUCCAAGCCAAGACAAAGAGUUCAUGGCUUUGGUGGUUAUCCAGUCUCCGCUGGUGAAGAUGCCCCUCACUCUGCAGCUCCAGGGAGCAGGAUCCUUUGAGGGUGUCUAA